GGUUCCUUUUUAUUGGACAAAUGAUGUCAGAGACACUUCAUGUAUGUUUUUCAAGACUUCUAAAACACAUUUCAUGUUAAAUAUUUGUGUUGAAAAACAUAGAGCAUAUGAUUAAAUCAGAGCAUUUUACUAAUACCGUUUCACAUAUUUGUGCUGGACUAGGAUUAGCGUGUUUCUCGGGUCAUUUAGAUCAGUACUGAAGAUAUAAAGUAACUAAACUGUUCUGAUGCUGAGACUGCUGUGAGCUCAACUCUAUCAGGUCUAGUAAACGCUGAAAUCAUGUCUGGGUUCUCUGAUAAAAGCUCAUGAGUACAAAUCUUUCCUGUUCCGAUCUCAUGAAAGAGGAGAUUCAUUUCAGAUGAAUCCUGAAUCUCAGCGCAGGAGUUCUAAACGCUCAUGUUUGGAUAAGAUACGUUUUUUGAGCUGAUGAGUCUGGAUGUAAAGAGGUUCAGUCUUUUCUUUUUUGUGUGUGAUGACGUGUUUGAUCCCUCAGAGUUGAACAAGGACUCAACAGCUGACUCUUUGAUUUGUGAUGAUGGACUUGACUGUCGUUUUUAUUGCUUCCUCUUUAUGUUUCGUCCCCUUUACACACACACUCACACCCGACUGCACCAUUGGUCACUUGGGUCGUGGCCCCGCCUCCACACUGACUGCUAUAUAAACCCGGACCAAGCCAAAGCAGCUGAGGUUACACAGACUGGCCCUUUAAACGCUCUGUCAUUUUACUAUGUUCUGGUCAGAUGAGUUUGAGAUUUGCGAGUCGUCCUAGGAGACACUUCAUGAGGAUUUCCUUCUAAAGUCUGAUAUCAGAGGAGUGUCACAACAAAAAGACUUUCUGCUGCUGCUUUCAGGGAGUCGUUCAAUGGAUUUGUCAGAUUUUCAUUUCCCUCUUUCAUCUACUGAUGACCUCUAUGACCCCUGCUUCAGCACCAGCGACCUGAACUUUUUCGAUGAUUUGGAUGCCCGGUUGUCACACGGCGGCCUGCUGAAGUCAGAGGACCACCUUCAUCACCACGUCCCAUCAUCAGAGGAGGAGGACCAGCAUGUGCGGGCCCCUGGAGGCCUCCAUCAGGCGGGCCACUGCCUGCUGUGGGCCUGUAAGGCCUGCAAGAGGAAGACAACGCACGCAGAUCGGAGGAAAGCAGCCACCAUGCGAGAAAGACGGCGGCUCAGCAAAGUCAACGAUGCAUUUGAAACUUUGAAGCGGUGCACGGCUUCCAAUCCAAACCAGCGUCUGCCCAAAGUGGAGAUCCUACGGAACGCCAUCAGCUACAUCGAGUCUCUGCAGGCGCUGCUGCGGGCUGGCCAGAACGACAGCUUCUACCCGCCGCUGGAGCACUACAGCGGGGGGUCGGACUCCCCCGGCACCCACUCCAACUGCUCCGACGGCACGGCGGAUUUCAUCUCACCAUGUUCGAGCAGAAGUGAAAACAGCGAUUCUUCUUAUGUCAGACAAACAGACGACUGCAGCAGCAAUAAAACAUCGCUCAUUUCCAGUUUGGACUGCUUGUCCAGCAUUGUAGAGCGCAUCAGCACAGACCCAGCUGUGGGCCCCACAGGAGACAGCGUGGUUCCCCGGGGCCCCGGAUCACCUCAUAACACCCCCACCAUCUCCACUACUUCACCCGCUGACCCCAGCAGCAUCUAUGAGUCGAUUUCCACCUGAUGACUCAUUUUCCUCUGAAACAAACUUCUUAUAAAUCCCUUCUAGAGGGAAACACAACAUUAUUCCUGAUUGCUGAAGAAAAUAACUGAAAUACGAACUUGUAGAUUGAAAUCUUUGUGUUUUUGUUGUGUUUCCCUGAAAUUUGAGUUGAUUUUUUCAGUUUCCAGCUGAUAAAAUGAAUGCUGCUGUCUGUUUUUUUACAAAAAGGAGGGCUUUUCCACGCUGAAUCCUGCUGAUCAUCACUAAGGACCAUUUAUUACACCUGCUGACUGUUCGUGUAAUGUCAGAUCACAGUUAAAGGUUUGCUGUAAAUGUUUGUAUAAUAUUUAAAAGUUGAUGACAUCCUAAUAAAGUAAUAUUUAUAUUCUGA